CUACACACAUCAUGAGUGACGCACAUAAUCCAAACAUCAAGGCUCGGGAAACGCCCCAAUGGGGUCUGCUGCAACGGGAGAUGUUCUGGGCGCCAAACGAGGGCCGCCACCCACCCUUGAACACAAGUCCUGACAAGCUCAAGAAGCUUGCCGAGGAGAGGCUCAGCGAGGCCGGCUGGCUCUACUCGUCCUGCAACGCUGGCCAGUCAUGGACGCACUACGCGAACAGGAUGGCAUUCUAUCGCCACCAGAUCAUUCCCAGAACGCUGGUGGACACCAACUCCAGGGACACGGUGACCACGCUCUUCGGCCAACGCAUGUCAGCACCUGUCGGUUUCGCUCCGAUCGGCAUCAAUCGCAUCUACCAUCCCACGGGAGAGCUAUCGCCCGCGAAGGUGGCUGCCGAGCUCAACAUCCCGUACUGUCUCUCCUCUGCUGGGAGCUAUAGCAUCGAGGAGACAGCCAAGGCAAACGGCAACGGCCCUCGAUACUUCCAGCUGUACUGGAGUCCGGACGACAAAGUCGCCACGUCCAUGCUGGAACGGGCUCACAAGGCUGGCUACUCAGCCUGCAUACUGACGACAGACACAUGGCAGCUGGGCUGGCGCCACGAUGAUGUGGCCAUGGGUAACUACGCCUUUUACCACGAACACGGGGCUGGCGAUCUCGGCCUCAACGAUCCAGCGUUCCUCCAGCGGGUCAAAGAGGCAGGGCUGGACCCGGCCAAGAACCCCAAGGAGGUCGGGGCCAAGUGGAUCGACGAGAACAUAUGGCACGGCCACGCCCGCACCUGGGACGAACUCCCGGGUCUGAUCAAGCAGUGGAAGCGCAUCUCGGGAGGCAAACCAUUCUGUAUCAAGGGCAUACAGAACGUCGCCGACGCGAGAAAGGCCGUGGAAAUGGGAGUCGACGGCAUCAUCGUGUCCAACCAUGCCGGACGGCAGGUGGACGGUGCCAUUGGCAGCCUGGACGCGCUCGAAAAGGUAGUCAAGGCAGUGGGGGACAAGACAGUCAUCAUGUUCGACUCGGGAGUCCGCGGCGCAGCCGACAUCUUCAAGGCGCUCGCCCUCGGGGCCAAGUUUGUCUUCGUUGGCCGCCUCUGGGUCUGGGCACUCGGCGCAGCUGGAGAGGAAGGCGUCCGCCAUGUCAUGAAGAGCCUUCUUGCCGAGUUCGACAUCCUGAUGAACGUGUCCGGAUACGCGAGUAUCGAUGCCAUUGACCGGGAGGCCAUUGACUCCCUCCCUAGAGGCACCUACUUUCCGGCAAACCCCGAUCUUACCUAAAUGGUUCCCAAGGUUCAGCAGGUUGCCGGAUGGGCUGGAUUCUGAGCAGAAACUAUCAUCUGUAAGCCGGGAGGUUAUACCUGUGUCGAUGACCUCAGAUACAUGAAUCGAAGUUCUGAAUCUCGUUAUCCAUGCCGAAACUGUAAACUGGUUUUCGCUCUACCCGACGUUGAACUAGCCUGUGUCAAUGCCC